UUUGUCUCGCCAUCGAGUUUGGCUGAGUUGAUUAUGGCUUCGGCUGAAUCUCAUGUUGACAUAGAGCAACAAAUUCUAAAUAUUAUUGCUUCUACUGUUCCGAACGAAGCGAAGAAAACUUUAAUAGAGUACUGUUGUAAGCAAUCACUGGAAUUAUUGCAGCAAGACGCAUGUCAUAGUGUUUUAAAACACGCCAUUGAAUGGAUCGUGCGUGAAUCGGACGAGUUAUUGAUCGACAGUGGUCGAAUGUUGUUGAAGACUUGUGCUCAAAAUAAACCAUCGGCUCUUGCUUCAUUUUUUACAGAAACCGUUUUGUUAACAUUGCUCAAAGCGAACGAUGCUGAACCAAAUCGCAUACUAGACAUUAUAAAUUGCGUGUUUCCAUAUUUGAAGACGUCAUCCAAAAUCUACCCACGACUAUGUAAAAUUGUGUGUCAAGAAGUUACAACAUGGUUAACUCGAGAUGAGAUACAGUUUUGUGGUAGUGUGGCUAUGUUUUUGGAGGAAAAUUUUGAAUAUUUACUAGACAUACAACAUGAACUACUCAGAGUAAAUAUUCGAAUGAUUCAAUGUCUUGGCAAAACAAAAAUUCCAAAUGUAUCCAAAGAUGCAAUGAUUGAAUUUUUCGAUAAAGUGGAAUGUAUCUGCAAAUUUCUUCGCACUAUUUGGGCCAAAGAUACAUCACAAAGCUUUAUAAUGAUCUCGGUCAAAGAAUGCUUUGAAAUAUUGUCAAACCCAAGCUAUCAAAGUACUGUGGCUUUAGCAAGUCUUACUAAUUACAUACCAGAAGAUGUCAUUAACCCUAUAAUUGGUGAUGUCACUGUUUCAAGCACCAUAACUGAUGAUACUAUUCUCUCUGGAUUAUCAAAAAUGGUGCAGUGGCUUGUAUGGCCAAAAAAAACAAAGGUUGCACUGUGGCUGUUGACAUUUUUCAGGUGUUUAGGGAAAAGUGGGAGGAAAAAGGUCUUGCAACAACUCAUUCUGGAUAGAAUAUUACAGGUCCUCAGCAGAGUAUUUAUGCCUGUAAUCCGUGAAAGCAAUUUUGUAGUUCUGGUCAACAUGCUUAUGAACUGUUUGGAUUCACCUUUUGCAUUUCAUAAGAUUAUUCCAUUUGUUCCAAAUCUCAUGGAUCGUUUACGAAAAGAAAAAAAGGAGCAAUCUAAUCAUUAUUUAACUGCAUUAGGAGAAUUGAUGUUUACACUAAUGUACAGAUUUCCUGAUAAUUCAGGAGUUAUUUAUGGACCUCUUUUACUUGCUUUAAAAGAUAUUUCCAAACCAACCAUUGAAAUGAUGAACAAAUGGAUCCACUCUGCAUCAAACAUUGGACAUGCAAGUGAGAAUAGUGAACCUAAGACAAGUUUCAUCUUCACAACAGAGAUGUUGAACUUAGUCAAAAACAAAAGCAGGACUGGAUUAGUGAAUUUGGGAAAUACAUGUUACAUGAACAGUAUCUUGCAGUGUCUCUUCAUGCUUGAUGUGUUUCGUAAUCAUUUGUUCGCAAGGCCUGCCUCACAAACUAGACACCCUGUUCUGUAUAGUCUGCAAGAUGUCAUCACAUUUUUACUUCUAUCCAAGCGAAAUGCUGUAGCACCUGAAAAUUUUGUUCGACAUUCUCGUCCACCCUGGUUUCCUGCCAGGACUCAACAGGACUGUUGUGAAUUUGUUCAUUACUUGAUGGAUAAAUUAGAGGAAGAAGAUAAAUCCCUGUUACAGGAUAAGGUAGAAACAGCGACACCAGCAACAAAUAUUGUCGAAGAACAUUUUAAAGGCGUUCUUUGUGUUACAUAUGAAUGCAUGACUUGUGGAAAUGAGUCAAAACACAAGGAAGACUUCACAGAUAUACUUCUUGCAUUUCCGGAAGUAUUGCCUGUUAAUGCUGAGACACCAAACUCCAGUAAUCUUCCAACACAGGAAGAAAAUCCUAAAAGUUUAAAGGGUGGAGAUCAAGUUCGAAAUUUACAAGACAGUAGAUACAAGGAAGAUUCGUUUGAAACAUCCAAAGAAAAAGCGUCUAACGUCCAAACAAAACCAAAAUCAUCAACGGAUAGUCCAACCACAGUGAAACAAGACGUCAGAAAUCGCUGUACGUUUACCAUUAACGAAAUGCUUGAUUAUUUCAUGAAACCCGAACAACUCACUGGCAAUAAUCAGUAUUUUUGUGAUGAAUGUCGUGCUAAUGUUGACGGGGAGCGCCGUGUACAAAUAACAAAGUUACCGAAGUUUCUCGUUCUCUCUUUAAAACGCUUUAGUUUUGAUGUGAAGAGUCAGACAAAACCAAAAUUAUUACAUGUUGUAGACUAUCCAGAAGAACUAACUUUCUGCAGUGUUGGUGAAAGUAUUCUCUUACAGUCAAAUAAAGAAGAUGAGGAAAUUGCGAUGAAGAUCGAUGGUGAAGAAGAUCAAGCCAUGGACACAUCAUUUUCAUUAUAUCCAUAUAAACUAUGCUCUGUGGUCGUUCAUUCCGGUCAUACUUGUGAAGCUGGUCAUUAUUACAGUUACGCUUUAGAUACUUCCAGAAACGGCAGUGAUUCAAAACGAAAUCAAUGGUAUUGCUUUAAUGAUGAAAAUACUUAUGAAACGUCGUAUAAGGAUUUCGUGGAAAGAGAGAGGAACAGCGUAACUGACACGACAUAUAUUGUGAUCUAUAUGAUUGAUAAACCAGGAAUGAAUGAAGCGUGUGAACAGACUGAAGCUCCAGCCGAGAUGAUAACCAGGGUUGAACAGGAUAAUCGCAAGUAUCUACUGGAAAGAUCGACACGUUCUUCAGUUCAACAACAAAGUAAAGCGGUGGAAGGCCGCAAUAAAGAAGACGACGACUCACCCCCACCUGGGAGUUGUGGCUCUAAUGGUUCAAGCUUUUCCGUCCCUGGAAAUAGGUUCAUUUUUUAACAAAUGAAUCCUCGAGAUUUGCGGGUAUCCCACUCCAGUAUAUAUAGAAAAGAAUGCCGAAAUCAAUGUUAUUGUAGUGACACGGAUGCAUUGUCUGUGUGGGGCAGGAUCAUGCAACACGUCCAGUGUGUUGUUACGUAGUUUGUUACUAAUAAUACCUUAAAAUUAUUAGAUAUAACUAUAUGUACGAGGUGUUUAAACGAUUGUUUUUCACAUAUUGACUAGUGAGGAUCUGGGAUUUAAGAGUGUGAAGCCCUCGUAAACUUGUCAUGGGAGCUGUUUUAAAAUGCGUUGAGUUUCUACGAAAAUAAUAAUUUUGAAAUGACUAUGAUAAAUUAGUUUGUUAUCUUGGUGAAGCGUACCUCAAAUUUGUAACAACAAUAUAAAAGGUUUAUGUGCUGAAGGGUACCACAAACCCGCAAUCAAUGGUCUCAAAUAUCUAAAAAUGGCUUUCAAAAAAUGCGACAACUCAACAGAAUUAGUGAACAACAAGAGGUUUUAUUGUA